AUGGAUCUUCCCCCAAGGACCGACGUUGCUCAGCGUUACUCAAUUGAGGCUGAGAAAUCCGACCUUGGAAAUCUGCUGCACUAUAAGUCAAGUUCAGAAUUGUACCUGCAUUUGCACGAAAACCUGGAAAUUUCGGUUUGGUCAUCAAUAGCAUUCAAACUAUCACUUCCGAACGUGUGCAACUACACCGCCAUCGUCAUCGACAUGUCGAACUUGAACGUGAGAAUGGCUUGCUCGCCCUCGUUCCUACCCUGCGAGCCCCAGCUACGCCACCACGAUCUCUGUUACACGGGCUUCGGGGGGGUUCACCGCCUUUCAUUGUUACAUACGGUCUUUCAUACAAAGCAUUAA